AUGCAAGCCCAGUUGACAACGUGCGCCUCAUUAGUGGAAACGCCUCAAAUUCAGUUCGAACAAGGUCUCGAAGAUGUUGAAGUGUCAUAUGGAGAUACAGUGACACUGAUGUGUAGUAUUUACGGAGCACCACAGGCUGCCAUCACAUGGUUACAUCGUGGACGAGUUGUGGCCGCAUACCCAGCGCCAACAGUAGAAUCCGCUCUACAUAGUACACGCAUCGCAAGUGGCCUCAUUGAAACUAGAUACACAAUUCCUUGCGUAAAUCGCAAAACUCUUGGAGAAUACACCUGCCAAGCAACCUCACCAUGUGGAGAAGUGAUUUCAUCCCAAGCUGUGGUCUCACUGUCGAAUGCGGCUCGAGGUACGGAGUUCUUUCGAAUGUGGGACAUUGUUUGGCAAAAUGUGUGA